AUGAGAUUUUCCUGGCAAGAAUACUGGAGCGGAAUUUCCUUCAACUGGUACUGCCAUUUCCUUCUCCAGGGAAUUUUCCUGACCCAGGGAUCAAACUCCCUGCUUGGAUCUCCUGCUUGGCAGGCGGAUUCUUUACCACUGAGCCACCUGGGAAGCUCUUCUAGGCUCAUUAGGCAUUAUGUAAUGAGGCGUUUUGCUAGGGAGAGGGUGUUAAAGUCUCCCAACCUCACCUGUGCUCCUGCCCUCUCCCACCGCUGCCAGAGCCGGUGCCCCAGUUGCAGGCUGACUGCACCCUGCCAGACAGCAGGCCAGGCCUCAGGGUAG